UGCGCGCGCAACGUCCAACAACGGCGGCGAAACUGAGGCUAGCGGCGGCGGUGGUCUGGGAGGUUGCCCCUACCCAGGACAGGACGGUAGCGCGCGCGCGCGCUCGUGCGUGUGACCAUGGGGCGUCUUCAUUUCACGCGGGACCCCAUCCCGGAGUCCGUAGGGAGUGAUAUGCUGCACUUGAACCAGCUCAGCGCGGAGCAGUUUGCAACGCUGACCGAAGUGAUUUUCUACUUUUUGGUUCAACCCAAGGAGGUUGAAACAUUCCUGGCUAAACUGUCUGAUUUUGCUGCCACCAAUCAGAUCAGCCUUGGGCCCUUAAAGAAUAUAGUGAAAAGCCUUCUCCUAGUGCCUAAUGGUGCCUUGAAGAAGAAUAUGACUGCUGAGCAGGUCAGAGCAGAUUUCAUUACUCUGGGGCUCAGUGAAGAGAAAGCCACUUAUUUUUCUGAGAAGUGGAAACAGAAGUCUCCCACACUUGCACGAUGGGCAAUAGGACAGACAUUGAUGAUCAACCAGCUUAUAGAUAUGGAAUGGAAAUUUGGAGUGACAUCAGGGAGCAGUGAACUGCAGAAAGUGGGGAGUAUUUUUUUACAAUUGAAGUUGGUGGUUAAAAAAGGAAACCAGACUGAAAACAUAUAUAUAGAGUUAACCCUGCCUCAAUUCUAUAACUUCUUGAGUGAGAUGGAACGUGUCAGAGCCAGCAUGGAGUGUUUCUGCUGAAGGUGAAGGAAGAAGGCACAGAGAGAUGUAACUUGCUUAUCCUUGUGGCCUGCCCUGUAACAGCUCAAGGGCUGGGGUGUCCCUAGAAAGGGUCACUGUUCUGUACUAGGGAGUCCAAUACAAUUACCACAUAAACUCAUGACUCAUGAAAUAACCAUUCAUCACACAGACCAUGUCUCAAAUAUUUAAACCAUUGACAGGGGGAGAAGUGGAGCCAGUUUGUGACAUUCCUCCUUUCCCACCCUCCAGAACUCCUAUUUCUCAAACUUCCAAACUCUGCUGUCUAAAUAUAGAACAGAGUUAACUUGAAAUUAGGCAGGGGAGGACCUCACUGUCAGUAUCCUGAGAGCCAGAAUCUGAAACAAAACCAAAAAAAAUUGCAUUUACUUUGUAUGGUGGGGAUUCUCUCCUGUGAGACCCUAUUUUAAUGAUAUAUCUGUAUGUAAACCCAAGAGCUCCUCUUUCAAAGACUUCUGUUUAGGGGAGGCCUUGACUCAGUCUUUUCUUCUGCAUCUGCCCUGUGAAGGUUGUCAUCUUCUGAGCCUCCUUAGGAGUCUUUUUCCCUGGCUGAGUUCUGCCUCAUCUAAGUGUCUAAUAAAGGGUUUGAAGAAGAGGCCUUGAUCCUCUUGUUCAUGCACAUUGGAUUAAAGCUCCCUCUUUUCUGAGGGUUUGUGAUGACAGUUUGGGGAGACAAGAUGAUCAAAGUUUGGGUUGGACCUGAACAGAGAAUCCAGGGAAAGCCCAGGGAAAUCACUGUACUCUAAGGACAGGGCAGGAGCAGGAACAAGGCAGCAGUGCCUUCCGGUUAAAUCCCUGAAGAAAAGAGGACAUAGACUUGGAGCCUUUUCAAGACCUUGGAGGCCACGUGGUCUACCACCCUUUUUUGUAGAUGAGGAAACUGAGGGCCAGAGAGGGAAAGUGACUUGCCCAUCUCACACAGAGCUGAGAUUUAAACUUAGGUCCUCCUACUCCAAAUCUAGCAUUCUAUACCACAGUGCCACACUGCCUUUUCCACAUGAAGAAGCUGUGUCUACUUUGCUAUUGACAUGAGACUUAAGUUUCCAGCCUAGUAUAUCACAUCUCACAAAUUGCUGAUUAAAAUAUUUAAGAACUUGGGGCAGCUAGGUGGUGAAGUUUGCCUCACCAAAAAAAAAAAAAGAAUAUGUAAGAACUUGAAAGGGCCCU